GAUUUCGGAGGAGCUCGGUGUUGCAGGUAGGGCCCGUGGACACGGGAGGAGAGAAUCUCAAGCUCUGCGACAAUUGCAGAUUAGACGCUGCCACAUUGCGGAUUCUCAAUGGAGUGAUUCGGAAGAUUUCCAUGAAGAGGUGCCUGAGAGCUCGGAUUCGAUUGUCUGUUCUUUGAUCGGGUGGAUGUUUGUGGAGAUUCGAUGCUGCUCAGGAGAUUGUGUGCUGCUACUGUUUUCUCUGUAAGGGCGACGUGCACGGAACGAGUUACGAGUCGAUCUGCAAGUUUGCGGACGAGGAGGGCCUGCAGCCACACUGCUAGCACUAUGAAGGUCGCAUUGGACCCCGGCGUUGCUAAGGCGGUCGUUUUGUAUCACUACCCUUGUCCGGAUGGUGUUUUCGCUGCUCUGGCGGCUCAUCUCUACCAUUCUGCUGUUGGCUGUCCCGUCCAUUUCCUUCCUAAUUCUGUGUUCCAGCCUCUCACUGUCAAGGACCUCAAUGUGGAGGGUGUGGACGUGUUCUACCUCUUAGACUUUGCAGGGCCCCAAAGUUUUGCGGUGGACCUCGCUCAUAAAGCUAAACAGGUGAUUGUCCUUGACCAUCACAAGACUGCAUUGGAAACACUUCCUCGGAAUGGAGAGGGUCCACAAAAUCUUCUCAGUGUAUUAGACAUGAGUAGAAGUGGAGCAACCGUGGCUUAUGACUACUUUCAGGAAAAACUGCAGACUGCUGAUCUCAAAAAAUUACCUCCAUCACUCAUAUACUCACGCAAUCCCGUAUCUCAAAGCGUGAAUCUGUUGAGUGAAAGUAAACUUCAACGGGUGAGAGCUCUUUUCAAGUAUAUUGAGGAUGCUGAUUUGUGGAAGUGGAAACUUCCCGACAGCAAGGCUUUUAGCAGUGGGCUCAGCGACAUUGGCCUGGAAUUCAGCUACUUGAAAAAUCCUGGAAUUUUCGAACAGUUGCUUGAACUGGACACACAAGAUCUGAUCUGCAGGGGAAGGGAGAGCCUGAAGUCCAAGCAGGCAGUUAUAGAUGGUGUUCUGGUGGAAUCGUUCAGGUUGGCUCUUGGUGGAGGCCAGUUCGGUCAUUGCUUAGCAGUGCGCGCAGAUGAUUCAGCCCAUCUUCGAAGUGAACUAGGCAAUCAACUAGCUGCUAAAAGUCUCACUAGCGAACUACUGCCUAUAGGGGCAGUUAUUUACGUACAGCCAGGAUACGAGGGCACUGAAACUCAAUUCAAAGUCAGCUUACGCAGCAUAGGGGAAUCAGCGGACACGACAAAAAUCUCGCAGGCAUACGGAGGUGGAGGACAUCGCAAUGCCAGCUCGUUCUUAAUCUCAAGAGAGGAAUUGGAACGGUGGAAGUCGUAAGUCGUGAGGUGUCUGUAUAUAUUGAGUAGUGAAGAAAAUUGAAAAAUUAUCGAGAUUACAGUAUUCAUUCACCAAGAAUUGGAGUCUCUUCUGGCUAAUGGCCACAGCGACGUGUUAUGUAACUUUGCCAAUAUCUUCCAUUGUGAAUAAAUGUGUCGCCGGUUCUCUUUGA